AUGCCGGACGACGCUCUGCAGAAGGCUGUUCGCGUCGAAGCCAGAGUUGGAUCCGGUUUGGAUCGGACGGUACCAGAGGAUGGCACAGGCAUCAAAAUCUGGUUGGGUUUUUUGAAGGCCGACUAUGUGGACCUCGUCGCCUACGGCUUGGACGCUUUGCCGGACGACAUCCUGUUCCCUUCAGACACGGUCGGGUUGCCUAUGCUGCCUCAUGCCGAAGCUUUGGUGGCCAUCUCUCACGACCACUUCGUGUUCCUCAGCGCCGAAAGCGGCGGAGCAAAACCAGUGUAUGGCACUCCAGAUGUCGAAACACGUUUGGGUCAGCUGGAAGGCACCAUGGCCGAGAUUUUAGAAAAUUUGAAGCAGUUGAAACCGGGAGCGGCUUCCUCCCGUCCAUCUGCUCUUCAUGGCGACCAUGGUCCAAGAAAGCCAGAUCCUCCGCGGGUCUCCUUCGCACCGCCUUGUGGAUUGGAUCCUCAUGUAGUGCAGCAAGCGCUAAUGGCCGCAGACAAAGCCUUGGUCAGCGACAGCGACGAGGAGGACGAGCAUCUGGGCGCCGCUUCUGGCAGUCUCGAUCCUAUGAAUCGGGCAGUGGUCAGCCUGAGCAAGAUCGGCAAAGAGAUGCGGAAAGAAAAGAAGCCGAAGAAGGAUCGCGACCUAGAGUCCAUUCUGGAUCGCGCAGAAUCUGGCUCAGCAAAGGAUUCCGUGGGCUCUACAAGAAGCAAGGCGGCUGCUCUCCGAUCGUUGCACAAACUACUGCACACAGACCCGAAGCUCAUUUAUCAGGCGGUCGAAGGCCACAUGCAGGAGGAUUGGGAGAUGGGCGGUCAACGACUUCCAGGAGCUAUGAUCACUCAGAUCUCUGCCCGGGGUUGGUUGGAGCAUCGCUCCAGAAUCAGCUCCUACCCAGGGACCAUUCGACCUGCUUGGCUUUGUGCCGGCAUUUGGGACUGCCUCAUGCGAGGAGCUGUAGACGAAGCCAGAGCGAGGGCGGCCCUGGCCACAGCUUGCUUCGACCAACAAGCGUGCGACAGAGGGGGAUGGCUUCUGGCAUCAGAGAUGACCUUAGAGCCCCCGCCGCCCUAUGAAAGCUUCGCCCAACACAGUCCUCCGGAGCAAUGGGAAGUGCAGCACACCAGAUUGAUGGACGAAAGGUGGAGCGAACUCUUCCUUUCGAGACUCAAGGACCUCGCGGAGUAUCAGGAGAAGAAGCUGAAGCUCACCGCGACCAAGACCAAGAAGGAGGAGGUGCCGCCCAAGAACGAUCAGAAGAAGGGCAAGGGAAAAGGAGGAAAGAAAGGGAAGGAGCCCGAGGAAGUGUUCCCAGCUGAGGGCACAGCUGCAAUCCUAUCAGUACCUGGGGCUCUUGCCCCCAUUUCCAACAUUGGCAAGCUCUGGAAUUCAUUAGUUCGCUGGAUCCUGAGUGGGAAGUCUGGCUUUGCACGUUUUUUGCGAACUCUUGGGCGCCAUGAACCCUUGGCAGACAAGGGCACAGCUCAGCCCCUUUGGCCUGUACCAGCUCCCUAUCCACAGUGGAUGAUGCGGGUAGAGAAGAGUAAGGUAAAUUACGAGCAGAUGUAUGUCGAGAAGGCUGUCAACCUCAUGAUUCUUUCAUCUUCGUGGCUUCAUUUAGGUAAACCACUGGUUGCUCCUGCCACCUUAGUUUUGGGCUCCUCCUUGACGAAGAAGCAGUGGGGAGUGGUGAAAAGAUAUGAGAGGCUGAUCAGCGAGUUCCUCCAGGUUGGCGACAUUGGUCCAGCCGCUAUGGGACGCUCGGCGGCCAAAGUGGAGAGCUUGUCUUCACUCCUUGUUGAGCUCGAGACGGCAGCGGCGAAGACUGCUGCCCCUUAUGAGCACCGUCCUGCAGCACAACGAUCUGAUGGGAAUGAGCCACAGCCUGGUCACCAAAAAGGGGAUCCUGGACGUGUAGUUGGUCGUUUGCAGAAGCCUGCACCUCAGCUGGCGAAGUGUGUGGAGCCUUCGCGGCUUUCUUUUCCUCAGGAUUCUCCGGCCUUUGAUCCCUCAUCCAUGUUAGAAGAACCACACAAGAAGGUUUAUGAAGAUCCUAUUUCUUGUGCUAUUUCACCAGAAGAUUUUUCGUUGGAGCCUCCGAGGGUGCGUGUUCACGGUAGCAAAGACCAAGCUUUAGGACUGUUCAGAUUCCUGGAUCAACAUCACCGGUUGAGACUCGUUCCCAGAGAAAAAGUUCGAGAUGGUUUUCUUUGCGGCGCUUUUUGUUUGGUGAAAGAUGAGAAGAAAGAUAGACUAAUAUUGGACGCCAGACCCCCAAACAUGUUGGAGGAGACUUUGUGCAGUUGGACCAAAACACUGGGGUCGGUGAAUGCCAUUUUGCAGAUUGAGUUGGAGCCUGGAUGCAACCUCAGCAUGAGUGGCACCGAUCUUCGUGAUUAUUACUACUGUUUCAAGGUCACCAAACAGAGAGCAUGUCGCAACACAUUCAAUUUUCCCCUCUCACCAGCACAAGCUUCUGAACUGCAUUGUUUUACUCCCGACAUGUGGCAGCGUAGCACAUUAUAUCCCUGUCUUGCAACUAUGGCUAUGGGCGAUUGUCAAGCUGUAGAGAUGGGUCAGAUGGUCCACGUCAAGAUAGGUAUGCAGUGUGAAGCCAUCCAUCCUCAUGAAUUGCUUUGCGUCCAUGGCCGUGGCCCGCGCGGCAAGAUCAGCUGUGGGGUCAUCAUCGACGAUGCCGUGUUUUUGGAGCAAGUUCCCGCUAUGCUGACUCCGGCAGAGCUGAGGAGGACUGAUGGUGCAAAAAGGUUGAGGGCAAUUAAGGAAGAGUAUGUUGGUAAGAAUCUAACACCCCAUGAUGGUAAGACUUUUGAAGCUGAGUUUGAAGCCGAGUUUUGGGGAGCAUCGGUGAAUGGUAUAGCUGGAUCUAUUCGUGCUAAUCCCAAAAGACUCAUCCCCUUGAUGGAUCUGACAGCGAAGACAGCACGCCUUGGGUUUGCCACUAUGUUACUGCUGCAGACUUUGGCGGGAGCUUGGAUUAGUGUCCUUCAAUUUCGGAGACGCAUGUUGUGCUUGCUGGAUGAGAUCUAUGUAGCUCAACACGGUAGAGAAGAAGACAUGAUCAUUGAGCUUUCGCCUUCACUGCAGUCAGAGCUUUGGAUUUUAGUUUGCCUUGGGCCUCUUGCUGUAACCGACCUCAGAGCCCAAACUUUGGGGAAGCUGUUUUUGACAGAUGCUUCAGAAGAUAUGAAAGUGUCUGUGGUGUCUGCACUGCCGUUGCCGUUUGCCAGAGAGCUGCACCGACACGCGCUUGCUCGAGGUGCGUGGACCCGGUUGUUGACUCCCUGGAAGGUAUGGUUAAAGCAACACUUUCAACUGGAUGAGGAAGAUGCCAUGCCAGAUGGUGUUCCACUGGUCAGUCACCCUUUGUGGCUGAUUUUGGCUCAGUGCUUGAGAUUUGAGCUUCAUCACCGAAAACGAGUAGGUUCCCGUAGACACAUCAACUUGCUUGAGAUGGAGAGUUUGUUGGAGCUGGAAAAGAAGAUCGCAGCCUAUCAGCAAGACAGCAGGUACCUCUGCGGUUGUGACAGCCAGAUUGUCAUUGCUGCCGUGUUGAAGGGGAGGUCUAGCUCACCACACCUGAGCGAACUGCUACAGAAGAGCUUGCCUACCGUUCUUGGAGCAGGGCUCUAUGGGAGCUAUGGCUGUAUCCCAUCAAAAGCGAACGUCAGUGAUGACCCGACGAGGUGGACUGAUAUCAGGCCUCCAUCCAGGCCCAUUCCUGAUUGGCUGUUUGCAGCAUUUUCUGGGUGCUUUGAUGCUUUGGAUGUUUGGUUGGGUGAGCGUGGCUAUGAUCCUUUAGACAUUGCUCAGCUUCCUUUUCCUUUGCGUACAGCUCCCAAAGCGGAUGUCCUUGAACAUAGCUUGAUAGCUGAGCUGCGAGCUGUACAGAAAACCGAGCGAUUAGCAAAGUUUGAUCAGAAAAUCUACGGAACCGAUCCGAAGGAUUGGAAGACUUUUGAAACUCCGGCCACUGGGGCCAAUGAACAAAAGGAUCACAAGAGGCCUCAAGAUGCUGAACUUGCCUUUGGCCCUCACCAUGCUGUUGUUUCCAAGAAAACUGAAGAGCAGAAUUGCGUAGGUAGCAAUACCGUUUCGUCUAGUCACGUUUCACCCGUCUUAGUUGCGAAAGAUGAAGGGGUACAAGAGCCUGAUGGCCAAACCAAGAACUCCAAUGAAGAACCUCCAGGGAAAACGAACCGGAGGCACCUGAAUCAUUUUGUUGGUUGUGAAGGCCGACCCCAGCCUGCAGAAAUGAAGAAAGUAGUAGGCACCGGCUCUCCUGAUGAGCCCCCCUUAGGUGAAUCCGUCUCACGUCGUCAGCGGGGUGGGCUAGCCAUGGAAAAUGUGAAGUCUGCUUUGCUGUCCAGUGAAGCAAGAGCAGCCUUGGCUCUUCUACCGAGGGAGUGCUUCAUCAAACCUGAUGGAAGGCGAGCAAGACCUGAUGAAGUUUUGGAUUUCCAGCGGAAGGGUUUUUUGGAUCUCUUCAGUGGCAAAGCCUCUUUUGCUCGCUCUAUGGCUAGGCGAUUUUCUGUUUUUGUGGUCACCUUUGAUUUUGAACACAGUCCCAGACAAGAUCUUCUCAAUGAGUCUCUUCGAUCCGAUAUCAAAAGAUGCCUUUUAGCUGGCUGUUUUCACGGGAUGGGUGCGGCUCCGGAGUGCUGCAGCUUUUCCAGAGCCGUUACACCCGCAGUACGCAGUGCGCUCAGACCCGAAGGUCUUCCACAGAUCUCGGAAAAUAUGCAACGAAAGGUCCAGGUGGGAAACAGUCAUGCACAGUUUCUUUUGGAGCUUUUAGUUAUUUGCCAAGAAAUGGGCCUGCUCUACUGGGUUGAGAAUCCAGAUGGUUCUUUCCUCUGGCUUCUGACUGAUUGGCGCGAGAAGGGUUUUGGAUCUCCAGAAGCGGCCUUCAGAUUUGACAUGUGCCGUUACCAUACUCCUUGGAGGAAACGAACAAGGAUUGCGACGAACACUUGUUUGAGUGGGCGCCGUGAGCUUUGCCAUGGAGAUCAUUCACAUGUGAUACUUCGCGGUCGUUGCAAGGCCCAAGAGAUGUCCUGGACUCGACUGGCUCAGGCCUACCCUCAACAACUGGGAUAUGAUCUGGCUAGUGCAAUGGCAGCUGGUGCAGGGCUUACAAAAAAGAACACAAAGUUGAACAUCGGUGGAUGUGCGAAAUGCAGCCACUGCCGCAUUGGCGAAGCUCAGAACCCGGGCCCUCAGAAAGCCCGACGGGUUGCCCGAGAUGUGAAGUUGUUGGAAAAUGUACGGCUAGUUGAACCUGCCACCCUGGCUUUGCAAGAUCGCGUUUGGACCGCUUUCCGAACGUGGUUGGAUCAGCGCCUGAGUGAAUCGACCAUUGAUGAUCUGCAGUUGUGUCCUACACUCUAUGUGGCCCUGCUCCGUUUUUAUGGGUUUUUUUCUUUUCUCACGAGGACAUGGUCUAUAUGA